AUGUCGAUCAAACUUUGGGGCUCCGUGACUUCUGCCUGUACUCACAGAGUGCUGAUCACUCUCAAUGAACUUGGGCUCAAGUACAACUUGACUCAAGUUAACCUCAUGAGGGGAGAACAAAGGGAUCCCGCGUACAUCGAGGAACAGCACCCCUUUGGCCGCAUUCCCGUUAUCCAUGAUGGAGAUCUUCAACUUUUCAAAUUCCGAGCCAUUUGCCGCUACCUCGUCACCAAGUACGGCGGCCCCUCUAGCUCUCUUGAUGCCGUCACAUUGUGCAACGAGAAGCUAUGGAAGAACCCGGCUGAGCCCGCCAACCCUCUUGAGGAAGAAAAGGCAACUGCAAUGUUCAAAACUGCACUUGAUUAUUACGAAAACUUCCUGGGCUCCAGCGCUUACCUAGCUGGAAAUGAGUCCAGCCUUGCUGACGUCUAUGUCUUCACCUGGAUGCCUUACAUCAAGUUACUCGGCUUGUACGAGGAAGUUGCUGGGAGGCCAAAUGUUGAAGACUUGUGGAAGCGUGUAUCGAGCCGCUCAGCAUGGAAAUCUGCUGUGAAGGAUAUGCCGCAGUAG